UGACUCUUGAAUGAAACUCUUCUGCUCGAAGACGGGCAAAACAAUGGCGUCCUUUGGAAUCGCGACGCAGAAUCCAGCAUUUCUUCGGCUAAGAACCUGGAACAUACGAUCUGAUUCUGCCGCACGAUGCAAUUCGGUUUCCUUCCGCGGCUCGAAUUCGAGUUUCGGUCGGAUUAAGCGACUCUCCGUUCGAUCCGCUUCAGCUCCAGUGACGUCUGCAACCGAGGGAGUCAAGCCUGCGAUUUCUCUCACGGAUAAUGCGCUUAAGCAUUUGAAUAAGAUGAGGUCGGAUCGUGGGGAAGAUCUGUGCUUAAGAAUCGGUGUGAAACAGGGAGGAUGCUCGGGCAUGUCUUACACUAUGGACUUGGAGAAUAGGGCUAACGCAAGACCAGAUGACUCGAUCAUAGAAUAUGAGGGAUUCACGAUAGUGUGUGAUCCAAAGAGCCUGCUUUUCCUAUUCGGCAUGCAAUUGGAUUACAGUGACUCUCUGAUAGGAGGAGGUUUCUCUUUCAAGAACCCUAACGCUACACAAACCUGUGGGUGUGGGAAAUCCUUUGCUGCUGACAUGUGAAUGUGACAUGCUUCUGUAGAAACUUUGUGCGAUCACCUCUGAAUUGUCAGCAGUUUGAUGCUGUUGUUACUUGUAUUUGGAGGGAACGAAACUUACACCUGCAACGAAUAAUCGAUGAUAUUAUGGCGCAUUCUUCAGUUGCGGUUUCACCAAAAA